AUGGCGCCCACGAAAAUAUUGGCGGUGGGCGACGUGAACGGCAAGUUCUACCAGCUGCAGAAGAAGCUGAACCAAAUCGUCAAAAAGAGCGGCCCCUUCGACAUGCUACUGUGCGUGGGCGAAUUUUUCGGCGAGGACGACGACCUGAACCGGAAGUUGAUGGACGGGCAAAUCGAUUUCCCGGUGCACACCUACAUUCUCGGACCGUGCUGCCCCUCGACCUCUGCCUACUACCCGGACGAGAAUGCCGAGAUCACGUCGGACAUCACGUAUCUUGGCAAGAGGGGCAUUCUCAAUUCGCCGUCCGGGCUGACGAUCGCUUAUAUGAGCGGGCUUGAAGGCCAGAGCUCCAGCCAAGUUCAGUUCAACAUCGACGACGUUGUCAACAUGCUAAAGCCGGUGGAGGCCGUCGGCGAAUUCACCGGUGUCGACAUUUUGCUGACGAGCGUUUGGCCGGCCGAGGUGGCUAAGCAUUCCACAAACGUGCCACCAAAGGAGAUUGAGGGCUCGAAAUUGAUCUCACGACUCGCGACAGGCCUUCGUCCAAGGUAUCACAUUGCCGGCGGCGGGAUCCACUAUGAGCGUACGCCGUACAGAAAUCAUCGUAUCAUCGUGGAGAAGCAACGGCAUUGCACCCGGUUCAUCGGACUCGCCGCGGUGGACAACACGGAAAAGGAGAAGUGGAUCUACGCCUUUGCCAUCCAGCCGCUGAAGGGCAUGACGAGAGACGAGCUGACGGUGCAGCCAGACAACGCCACCGAGUUCCCGUACAUGGAGAUUCUGGAGGCACAAGUGGAAAAGGAACGCGACGCGAUCAUGAACAAGCUGUCCAACGAGGGCGGGGCGCGGAAUAACUUCUUCGACAUGAACGUCGACAUGAAUAAGGAUAAUGAUAUCGGCUCGCGAAAACGAAAUAAUCGAGAAUUCCUGGGAAAUGAUGAGGGCCCGGCGAACAAGCGCGAGCAGCAGCCCUGCUGGUUCUGCCUGUCGAACGUCGAUGCCGAGAAGCAUCUAGUGGUGUCGAUUGGAAGCACCUGCUACGCGGCAAUGCCGAAGGGGCCGUUGACCGACGAUCACGUGCUUGUGCUGUCCAUUGGCCAUAUCCAAUCACUAGUCGCUGCCCCGGCCGACGUGCGCGAAGAGCUCGACAAGUACAAGAAUGCGUUUACAUUGGCGGCGGAUAAGGCAAACAAGGCGUUAGUCGUAUUCGAGCGGAAUUUCAAGACGCAGCACAUGCAGCUGCAAAUGAUCCCCGUUCCGAAGAGCUGCGUGAAAGGGCUGCGCACGGCCUUCCUCAACCACGCCAACCUCACCGGCAUCGAGUUUACGUUUUUGGGCGAGAAGGAUAAUCUAGCCGAUCUGGUGAACGAGGGCUGCCCGUAUUUCUUUGUCGAGCUGCCGGAUGGGACCCGGCUUUUCACGACCACAAUGCGCAAUUUCCCGCUUCAAUUUGGACGCGAGGUCCUUGUAUUGCCGACUGUCUUGGAUUGCGAGGAAAAGGCCGAUUGGCGAGCCUGCGCCCUCGACAAGGAAAAGGAGACGGAGCUGUCGAAGCAGCUGCAAGCCCGCUUCAAGCCCUUCGACUUCACCGACGAUGGGGACAGCGAU